GUGUUUGAAUGCUUAUAAACUCUUUUGAAUGUUUAGACGGGCAAGGCAUAAAAACGCGUGCAAAUGACAGCAGUGAUGCAUUUUUAGGAUGGUCUCAGCCAGUCAGUUGAAAUGAAAGAGUUGCACAAUGCGCUUCGAUUGCAACACAGACGGGGUGAAUUUAUGAAUGAAUCUGUGAAAGUUCUGUCACAAAGACGUUGUUACGUAUCCUCGUGCUUUUUUAAGCGGUAUAAGGAAAUCCUUGACCUUUGAUAGUGGGUAUACGCCGUAUACCUGCGUAUCACGGAGACUAUACCACUGGUUUUAUUGUAGAAACAACUCCACCCAACUCCUUCAUUCAGCAGUGUCCAAUAGCAGCAGCUCUUAGACUAUACUGUAGGCUAUACAUUCCUAAACCAUAAAUACAGUAGACUUAAGUCCAUAGGCAUUAGAGCGCACACUGCUCACCACUGUCUAACCAACAACAAGAAUCGGUUCUUCAAGAUCUAAAAAACCAUGGCGGCCGCGCCUGCAACAAGCAUCCAUGGACCUUCUGCUCCCCCUGCAAACAUGUUCGAUACAGUCCCUGGAUAUGAAGGAACAAUAGCUGGCGGAGGCGGUGGGUAUCUUCCACCUCCACCUCCAUCUGUACCGAUGCCUGUGCCUGAACAGGCCCCCAGCUCACCAAACUGGCAUAUACCCUCCAUCUCAGAGGACCAAGCACGUGAAUCUUUCGCAACGUACGUCUCCAGCAAGUGCUGCUAUAGUUCAGCCCCCGUCAAAGAGGGAGUCAUAACCAAUAUGGAGUCCUUUAAUACCUACAGGUAUCGUUUGGAGACGUUCACAGAGUCCAGAUCUACUGAAUGGAGUCAGGAGCCUUACACAGGGCAGCCGGUGGACGCUGGUGUUCAGCCUGCUCCAGGUCCAUGGCAGAUUGCAGCUCAACCUCCGGCCUUUUUUCAAGAGCACAAGCAGACCAUUAAAGUGCCCUAUACUUCUUCAGUCAAGAACUGUCACUUGUGUCUGGGAAUGGGAAGAAACCCCUGUACCACCUGUGCUGGAUCUGGAAAUAAAGUCUGUUGGGUGUGUAAUGGUUCUGGUUACCGUCAAUCUAAUGACCGCUGCACACACUGCAAUGGGCGCGGACGUGAAAACUGUAGUUCGUGUAGCGGCAACGGCUCUCGCCAAUGUGACACCUGCCGUGGAAAGAGACAGCUGCUCGCCUUCAUCAACCUCAUUGUUAAAUGGAGCACUGAGAAGGAUGAAUUCAUAGCGCAAGAUUUAAGUGGUCUGAGAAUGGAAAAUCUGGAGAAGGUUUCAGGGAAGGAGCUCUUCAAAGACGCCCAAUAUAUGGUCUAUCCAGUGAGGGGCUUUCCAGAUGUUUCUGUUGCACAAGCAUCUGAGCGCUUAGUAAGAGACCAUCAGGUGAAAUACACCCAAACAUCCCUCAUAUUACAACAGAGGCAGACGAUCGAGCUCAUUCCCAUCACCAAAGUGAAGUACAUGUGGAAAGGAAAGCCUUAUGUUUACUAUGUGUAUGGAAAUGAGUUUAAAGUGAACGCCGACGACUAUCCCGCAACCUGCUGCUGUUCUGUGAUGUAACAUCAAAUUCAUAAUAAUCAAAUUCAACAUAAAUGCUGUAUAUCCGAUAAGAUGAACAAAUGUAAUCUCAUUUGCCUAUACAUCCCAGAAUCAUGAUAUAGAUAUGUCCUUUUAAGGUAAAAAAAAAAAAACUUGGUAACCACAAAUUAACCAUGGUUUUGCUACACUCUAACCAUAGUUUAACCAUGGUAUUUGUAAUAAAACUGUGGAUUUACAAAAAAACUUUACUUCGGUUUUACUAUAGUAAAACCACUGUUAUUUUUUUCUUAAGGGAUUUGUAUUUGUGUAUACUUUCUUUUUUCUGUUUUUUUCUUAUAUCUGUACUGCCUUAAUAGUUUGAUGUUUUGCACUGUUUAAUAAAAAAGUGGGAAAUCAGAAAAAAGAUUCACAAUACGAGCACCGAAGUCCCGAUCUGAAUCAAACGAUUCACGAACCUGCUCCGAAGGUCCGAUCUUAAUCAAGUGAUUCCCGAUCCGCUCUCCGUAGUCCUGACCCUGAAUAAUGAUUCGCAAAACAUCAUUUCAGAUUGGAACUUUGGAGCACGUAUCACGAAUCUUUCAAUUCGCGGAAUGAUUCAUGAUCUGCUCUGAAGUUCCAAUCUAAAUCAAAAGAUUCACAAACCCACUCUGGAGUUACGAUCUAAAUCAAAUGAUUUUCAAAAUGUGCUCCGAAGUUCCAAUCUGAAUCAAAUUUUUCACGAAUCUGCAUCAAAGGCCCGAUCUGAAUCAAAUGAUUCAUGAUCUGAAGUUCCGUCCUGAAUCAAAUGAUUCACUAACCUGCUCCAAAGUUCUGAUCUAAAUCAAAUAAUUCGCAAUCCACUUCGGUAGUCCCGAUAAUGAUUCGUGAGCCAUCAUUUGAUUUGCGAACUCACUCCUCACACAUUCCAAAAAUGUUAGGACAGAUGCAUGUUGAACACUGUGUCACAUCAACUUUCCUGUUAAUUACAGUGUUUAAUCGUUUGGGAAUUGAGGAUACUAAUAGUUUUAGUUUUGUAAACAAAAUUUUCGCCCUAUCAGAUGCUCAGCAGUCCGUGUUUGUCAUUGCCUGAUUCGCCUUUGAUGGGCCAUACAUUUUCAGUAGGAGACCGAUCUGGACUGAUCUAGCACAUUCACUCUGUGUCUAUGAAACCAUGCUGUUGUAGCAUUGUCUUAAUCUAAUAAUCAUGGACCUAACUAUUGAAGAAUAUGCAGUAUAGCCUGCAGUAAAUAUAUAAACAAAGACAAUGUAUUGAGAUCAAGAAAGAGUCAAAAUAAACUGGGAGUUUUGAGAAAGUUUUUGAUAUAUAUUUUUUUUAAUAUUCUAAUCUUAUCUAAUCUUACUGGUUAAUGAUCAACUAAUGAGCUUCCUUUGUUGCUCUGGAAAAUGAAAAUGAAUAAAAUGCUGUCAUUAUUCAAUUCUCCACCA